AUGCCGGAGGAGGUUGUCUUUCUGGUUGAAACAGGACGAGCGGUUCUCAUCGACGAUGCUCGUGCACACUCGAACCCGUCCCUCGAUGACCUGGCGCAGUGGAACGCACAUCGAAAUGCGUCACACAAGCUUCAGAUUGCCGCAGCAGAAGCGAAGGAGGCCGCGGAGAAAUCCAAAGCACACACCCUUUCAGAAGAUGCUCUUCGCAAACGCAAGGAGCGUGAAGAGCGCCGCGCUGCCGCUGCGCGCGCAAAGGCUCUCGCGGAGGGCGCUGACAUCGACCUCAUCGACGAUAUUUCGACUCCCGAUGCUGGGCCUUCCCAGCCGCCACAGACAAGAGAGCAGGGACGACAUUCUGCCCCACACACGUACGCUAGUGGAACAACGGCGACAACAGCCUCAACGUCCACACCGGCAUACACAAUCACUCUCCCGGCAAGCUCGUCGCUCACCCCGUGGUACGCGCCUCACGACUGUACAUACUCGACGCUCGCGGAGGCGCGCGCAGCAGAAAUAUGGACAUACCCCGCAGACCCGCACGAGCGUGCCAAGUGCGGCGUGUUUCGGGACCUCUGGGAGAAGGGGUACUUUAUGGGUGGGGGGAUCAGGUUCGGCGGGGACUUCUUGGUUUACCCCGGCGACCCGUUGCGCUACCACUCGCACUUUGUCGCGACGGUCAUCGACGCGCCCGUCUCCACGAUCAAGCCGAUGGAGAUUGUUGCACAUGGGCGGCUGGGUACGGCUACGAAAAAGGCCCACCUAUUGUGCGGAUGGGACGACGAGCGGCAGGAGGUGUCGUAUUUCUCCAUUGAAUGGGCCGGUUUUGGCUAG